AUGGCGGCGCUGAGCCUCACGGUGCAGGCGGACAGCCCCCCGCUCGGAGCUCUGCUGACAGUAGAGCUUGUGAAGAAUGAUGUCAAAAUUUCAGUGGAAGAAGGCAAGGAAACCGUCCUUCGUGUAUCUGAGCAUGUUUCAUUUACCAAUGUGAAUUCUAUAGUUCGUUACUUGGCUAGAGUUGCUGCUUCUGCUGGGUUGUAUGGUUUGAAUCUUUUGGAACACACUGAGGUUGACCACUGGCUAGAGUUUAGUGCUACAAAGUUAUCUACUGCCAGCCAGUUUCUUUCAGCAGUCCAAGAGCUCAACCACUGCCUAUCUCUGAGAACCUACUUGGUUGGAAACUCUCUGAGUCUUGCAGAUGUCUGUGUCUGGGCUGUCCUAAAAGAUAAUAACAUCUGGCAAGAGCAAUUACAGCAAAAUAAAGCUCCCAUCCAUGCAAAACGGUGGUAUGGCUUUCUUGACGUACAACAAGCUUUUCAGUCUGUAGGAGCCAAGUGGGCUUCUGGCACUCCAAAGGUCAAAAUGGCAACUGAAAAGAAGGCGGAUGUUGGGAAGUUUGUUGAACUUCCUGGUGCAGAGAUGGGAAAGGUCAUUGUACGGUUUCCUCCUGAAGCAAGUGGAUAUCUGCAUAUCGGUCAUGCCAAAGCUGCUCUGCUAAAUCAGCACUACCAAGUUAACUUCAAAGGAAAACUUAUUAUGAGGUUUGAUGACACAAAUCCCGAAAAAGAGAAAGAAGACUUUGAAAAGGUUAUUCUUGAAGAUGUCGCAAUGCUGCACAUCAAACCAGAUCAAUUUACAUAUACCUCAGAUCACUUUGAAACAAUAAUGAAAUACGCUGAGCAGCUUAUUCAAGAAGGGAAGGCAUAUGUGGAUGAUACUCCUGCGGAACAAAUGAAAGCAGAGCGUGAGCAAAGAACGGAAUCUAAACACAGAAACAACUGUGUUAGUAAGAAUUUACAAAUGUGGGAAGAAAUGAAAAAGGGAACAGAGUAUGGACAAACUUGUUGUCUACGAGCAAAAAUAGAUAUGAAUAGUAACAAUGGAUGUAUGAGGGAUCCAACUCUUUAUCGUUGCAAAAACCAGCCUCACCCACGUACAGGAACUACCUACAAGGUUUAUCCUACGUAUGACUUUGCCUGCCCCAUUGUUGACAGUAUUGAAGGUGUCACACAUGCACUUAGAACAACAGAAUACCAUGACAGGGAUGAACAGUUCUACUGGAUCAUUGAGGCAUUGGGCAUAAGGAAGCCAUACAUCUGGGAAUACAGCAGGCUAAACCUCAACAACACUGUGCUGUCCAAAAGAAAGCUUACGUGGUUUGUCAAUGAAGGGCUUGUGGAUGGAUGGGAUGACCCAAGGUUUCCCACUGUGCGUGGUGUCCUGAGAAGAGGCAUGACAGUUGAAGGGCUAAAACAGUUCAUUGCUGCUCAGGGCUCCUCUCGAUCUGUUGUGAAUAUGGAGUGGGAUAAAAUUUGGUCCUUCAACAAAAAGGUUAUAGAUCCAGUAGCACCUCGAUACACUGCUUUACUGAAGGAUGCAGUGGUUCCAGUAAAUGUUCCUGAAGCUCAAGAGGAGAUGAAGGAAGUGGCUAAACAUCCAAAGAAUGCCGAUGUUGGGUUGAAACCUGUGUGGUAUGGCUCCAGAGUGCUGAUAGAGGGUGCAGAUGCAGAGACCCUGACAGAGGGAGAGGUGGUUACGUUCAUAAAUUGGGGCAAUAUUAUCAUCACAAAAUUAAACAGAAAUUCAAGUGGAAAAAUUGUAUCCAUUGAUACCAAGUUGAACUUAGAUAAUAAAGACUUCAAAAAAACUACUAAGAUCACUUGGUUAGCAGAAACUCCACGUGCACCACUCAUCCCAACUGUUUGUGUUAAUUAUGAACAUCUGAUCACUAAGCCAGUUCUAGGUAAAGAUGAAGAUUUCAAGCAAUAUAUCAACCGAAAUAGCAAGCAAGAAGAACUGAUGUUAGGUGAUCCUUGCCUUAAGGACUUAAAAAAAGGAGACAUCAUCCAACUUCAGAGGAGAGGAUUCUUUAUUUGUGAUCAACCCUAUGAGCCAGUGAGUCCAUAUAGCUGUAAAGAGGCCCCAUGCAUUUUGAUUUACAUACCUGAUGGACACACUAAGGAAAUGCCAACAUCUGGGUCAAAAGAGAAGACCAAGGCCGAAACUGCAAAGAAAGAGGCUAGUUCAGCCGUAAAAGGAAAAUCUGUUCCACUCACUGGUGAUACCUCUACUGCAACCUGUACUGCCUCAGAAGACCACCUGGUUAUGUACAACAGGGUGACUGCACAGGGCGAUAUUGUUCGUGAUUUGAAAGCUAAGAAGGCAGCAAAGGAAGAUAUUGAUAAAGCUGUGAAGCAGUUGCUGGCCUUGAAAGCAGAAUACAAGGAGAAGACGGGCCAGGAGUAUAAGCCUGGAAAUCCUCCAGCAGCUUCAAAGCAUGAGAACUCUGGUACCUUGGACUGCAAAGCUCUGUAUGAUAAAGUAGCAGAGCAAGGAGAAGUAGUCCGAAAACUGAAAGCUGAGAAAGCACCUAAGGGUGAAAUAGAUGAAGCAGUAAAACUUCUCCUUUCUCUAAAAGCUGACUAUAAGGAAAAGACUGGACAGGACUACAAGCCCGGACAUCCGCCAGUAGCUCAGAGUUCUUUGCCCCAAGCAUCAAAUACAGUACCAAGUGGUCCUGACACAAGUGAAGCUAAAGCACUGUUUAACAAAGUAGCCCUUCAAGGAGAUGAAGUUAGAAAACUGAAAGCGGAAAAAGCAGAAAAGGAACAGGUAGAUGCAGCUGUUAAAGAGCUUCUUCAGCUGAAGGCCCAGUACAAGGCUGUUGCAGGAGUUGAUUAUAAGCCUGUUUCUGCUGGUAGUGCUGAUGACAAAGACAAGAAGAAGAAAGAGAAAGAGAACAAGUCAGAAAAGCAGUGUAAGCAACAGAAACAAAAUGAUGCCAAAAAAGAGCCUUUGCAAGGACAGAGUGGUAAUGAGCUCUCUUCAAAUGGGCCAGGAGAGGGUCAAGGCCCUAAGAAACAAACCAGGUUGGGUCUAGAAGCUAAAAAAGAAGAAAAUCUUGCAGAGUGGUUCUCUCAGGUGAUCACAAAAGCAGAGAUGAUUGAAUACUAUGAUGUGAGUGGCUGUUAUGUUCUUCGUCCUUGGGCUCAUGCCAUUUGGGAAGCUAUCAAGAACUUUUUCGAUGCUGAGAUCAAGAAACUUGGUGUGGAAAACUGCUACUUCCCCAUGUUUGUAUCCCAGGCUGCACUAGAGAAAGAGAAGAGUCAUAUUGCUGAUUUUGCCCCUGAGGUUGCUUGGGUCACAAAAUCUGGGAAAACGGAACUCGCUGAACCGAUUGCUAUACGCCCCACAAGUGAAACAGUUAUGUAUCCUGCAUAUGCAAAGUGGGUGCAGUCACACAGAGAUCUUCCUAUCAAGCUUAAUCAGUGGUGCAAUGUUGUGCGUUGGGAGUUCAAACAUCCUCAGCCUUUCCUUCGCACUCGUGAGUUCCUUUGGCAAGAGGGUCACACAGCAUUUGCAACAUAUGAAGAAGCUGCAGAGGAAGUGAUGCAGAUACUUGAUCUUUAUGCUCAAGUGUAUGAAGAUCUCCUAGCAAUACCUGUUGUGAAAGGAAGGAAGACAGAAAAGGAGAAAUUUGCUGGGGGUGAUUACACAACAACUGUAGAGGCAUUUAUAUCUGCCAGUGGAAGAGCUAUCCAGGGUGCAACAUCACACCACCUAGGACAGAAUUUCUCAAAGAUGUUUGAAGUCACGUUUGAAGAUCCAAAGAAACCAGGAGAAAAGCAAUAUGCGUAUCAAAAUUCCUGGGGCAUUACAACUCGAACUAUUGGUGUAAUGACAAUGAUUCAUGGAGAUAACAUGGGAUUGGUGCUCCCACCUCGAGUAGCUUGUGUUCAGGUUGUAAUUAUUCCCUGUGGUAUCACAAAUACCCUUUCUGAAGAGGACAGAGAGGCUUUAUUGAAGAAAUGUAAUGAGUAUCUUAAAAGGCUGCUUAAUGCUAAUGUCCGUGUACGUGCUGAUUUAAGAGACAACUAUUCACCUGGCUGGAAGUUCAAUCAUUGGGAACUUAAGGGUGUACCUGUCAGGCUUGAAGUGGGACCACGAGACAUGAAGAGCCAACAGUUUGUAGCUGUCAGAAGAGACACAGGACAGAAGCUGACUUUUUCGGAACAUGAGGCGGAAGAGAAACUGAAGCAGAUUUUGGAGGAAAUCCAUGCUAAUCUAUACAGCAGAGCUUCUGAAGACUUAAGAAAUCAUAUGGUGGUGGCCAAUACUAUGGAAGACUUUCAAAAGGAGCUUGAUUCAGGAAAGAUUGUACAAAUCCCUUUUUGUGGGGAAAGUGAGUGUGAGGAUUGGAUCAAGAAGACCACUGCCAGAGAUCAAGAUCUUGAGCCUGGUGCCCCCUCCAUGGGAGCAAAAAGUCUUUGCAUACCUUUCCAGCCUCUCCGUGAACUACAGAGUGGGGCGAGAUGUGUCUGCGGCAAGAACCCUGCCAAGUUUUACACCCUCUUUGGUCGUAGUUACUAA